CUAGUAGUAUCUUUGCUAGAAAUCCCCAAAUCCCGGUGAGAUUUGGUUUCGCUCCUCUAGUAUCUUUGGUUUUGCUACAUCUCCUGUUUCCGGAGGAAGUUGCAUUUGUAGCCCUAUCUUUGGCCCUUACCCUUUGACUUCAAUGGCGGCUCGUGUGGUGUUGCAGCAAUGUCUUUCGGCUCGGCUGCAGGUGAAGCCGGCAGAAGAAGGCACAGCGGCUGAAUACGUUCAGAUAGAAAGGGGGACGUUGAUCUACGUUUGUUUUUUUAAAGGUGCAACCGUAGACCUAAUCCCCAAAAUGUUUAAAUCGUUGCUGAAUGUGAGACUCUGUGAGGAUAAUGAAGGUAAUCACGUGUCUGUGCUGGAUCUACCGGCUAAUGUUCUCAUCAUACCUCAGGCUACUUUGGGUGGUAAACUCAAGGGACGGGCCAUGCAAUACCAUGACAAUAUUGGAAAGGAGGAUGGCAAAGAGCUUUUUGCACAGUUUGUAGCUCACUGCGAAAAAGAAUUGGCCUCGAACAGUAAAUGUGCUGAAGUUGGAGUUGUGGUCAAACAUGGAACAUACGGAAGUCGACAAGUGUUGCAAAUCGACACCAAUGGCCCAUAUACACACUUGAUUGAAUUUUAAAUCUAUUCUGUCAUUUUUUAAAUAUUAUUUAAAUGUGGGCACAAGAAACUACAGAUGCUGUUUUUUUUUUAGAAAGCACAAAGUGCUGGAGUGAUUAUUUACAUACCUGACCAGUCUGAAGGAGGUCCUGACCCAAAACAUUGCCUAUCCAUGUUCUACAGAAAUGCUGCCUGAGCCGCUGAGUUACUCCAACAUUUUAUGUCAUUAUUUAAAUGUGCUUUAUUUUAUCUCAACAGUUUAUUUUCUUUUUAAGAGCAGCUACUGAGAAAUUGAUUAUCCGUAGAAUUGUGCACUAUCAUUCAGGAUGGAAAUGGCAUUCUGGUGUGUGGAUUUAAUACCACCCUGAUGAAUUUUCCUUUGGCAAUUUCUGGAACAUGAUUGAAAUAUUUAUUUAGAAGUAAGCUUUGCAAGUAGUAUAAGAGUAACUGUAACUGCACACCGCCCAGUCACCUCACACUCAUACAUAAUCUGUUUCCUUUGACAAAUGAUCAUACGUGUGGGAAAGUUGAUGACAUUAUUUUUUACGGUACUUCAAGUAGGAAAUUAAAGUAAGGGUUUUUUUCUGCACUGUUUCAAAGAGAUUUCUUUAAAAAAAGAUUUUGCUCUGUUCAAAGACAGUGUUGUGGAAAGAUUCAAUUGCAUGAGUCUAUAGUUGGGUAAAAUAGUGAUAUUUCAUUGUCACCUUCUGAAAAGAAAGUCCCAUUCACCUAAGGAUGCAGUCUAUACAUGCAUUCUGAUCAGAUCAGCCACUUCUAAUGUCACAUCCCCUUUGUGAUUAUAAUGUACCUUGGAGAUGCCUUGUCAUUUCUAAGUGGCUUUGGCUUUUGUUAUUUGUGUCUCUAGAUCGUUUAUGUCCUGAAGACCUGUUAUUCCUAACCACAUUCCAUAUAUUUACCACUUAGUUCCGCAAACCUGCAGAGAUGUUUUGAAAGCAAGCCAGUGUUUCCUUUUAUCUUCCCCCAUGUACUGUCUUUCAGAGGAGGGGCUGCUCAUUUCUAUUUAUCUUUGUAGACUAUCAGUGUCAAUAUUUCUUGCUCUGUUACCUUGGCUAUUCCAUAGCCUACGUAGUCUGCAAAUGGCAAUUAGCUUUUGACCCAUGUAUCUGUCUUUGUUGCUGUACAUUUCCCAGUGCUGACACAAAUGCCUCAUGGCUAUGAGCUUUACUACAAACCCUGCAUCAUCCUGUGAAGUCUUGACUUCAAGAGAACAUUUCAGUGGGCUGAUCCUUAUUUGUACUGCUGCACUUGUUAGCUUAUCUACACUAAGUCUGAUGUGCACAGAAAUGUACUUCUCAUUUAUUUUGUAUUUUUACAGAAGUUGCUGGAGAUUGCAAAGAUGCAGCAAGUUUCUAGAACUUGCAGCAGCUAUGGCGGCAGAAGGCAGGUUAUGUUUUAACUGGUCUGCUCGAAAGGUUAACUGUUUUUUAUUCGUGGCAGAUGCUGCCUGAUCUAUUAUUUCCAGCUUCUGCAGUUGUCAAUUCUUUGCUUAUUUGUUUAAAUGUUCUUCCUACAACUGAUAUUUUAAGUUAAUUCAUUGCCUGAGAUACCUUUUGGAAUUGCUGCACAGUUGUACAAACACACAUAUACACAUCUGAAGAAGGGUCCCGACCUGAAACGUAUCCUAUCCAUGUUGUAGAAGGAUCCCAAAACAAAGUGUCACCUGUUGUUGUUCUACAGAGAUGCUGCCUGUCCCGCUUUGUGUCAUUUUUACAUGCCUAUGCAAGUGUAUCUGCGUUUUGAAUAAUGCUUCUUGAUAAUGAUUUCUUUGAAUUGUAAGUUCUUAUUAAAGGUUCUGCUGUCUUUUUUCACUC